UUGACGGUGCUUGUCGCCUUGAGCUUGUCGCCCUGACGGGGCUUGUCGCUUAGAUGAUCUCGCAUCGAGGGUUUACCAGCUCCCACGGAAGGAAGGGAAAUGAUAGCGUAUUAAAGGACAACAUACGUGACGUGGACCGAUCAGAUCGAGAGACAAUGCACGCCACGUUUGUCGUUGCUCUCCAAUUAGCUGUGACACAAGCAGCGAGUGCCUGGACUUUUACACAGAACGACUCGAUACCGGAUUGUUCCCUGAGGCCUGUACAGGUAUGUCGCUUAAGCCAUCGUCAUGCCUAUGCGCCCCGAUUAUAUGUGUACGAUGCUGAUGUGAGGAGGUGCUGGCAAAUGGUAGCAUGUAAAGAAGUUUGUCCCCACGCGUACUUGGAAUGGUUGCACUGCAGACGGGCGCAUGAGCACUGUGGGCAAAACGCUCGACCCACUGUGACAGCUUUGUCCACGAGGGCCACUGCACCUCCCGGUGCUCCGAAAACUACGACAGUUGCUUCCAUUGCCACUACUGAGAAGGUAGAGAAAGCAAAGAAGAAGCAGAGGAAGAAGAAGAAGGAGAAACAACAAAAUGAUGAAAAAACGAAGAAACCAAAGGAUAAGAAACCAAAGAAGAAGAAAUCGUCGAAAGGGAAGGAUUGAGCGACCACACGCGAUGUUCAUGUACAUGUUGAUGAUGGCAAAAAAAAUAAAUAAAUAAUAAUAAUCA